UUCUUCCUCUGUAUUCAAACUCUGCAACAUUGGCGCCAUCUUCCCUUGAACACUCUGCUCCUGCAGAUUCAAAUCCAGGACACCCUUUCCUUUCAUCUUCAUCAAAGGACGCGACAAGCGCGGCAAUAAAGUCCUCCGCGUCGUCGCAAAAUACUUACCCGGUAAGUUAGAAGCGAUGUCUGGCCGGUCAAUUCCUCGUGUUUCCAGUUCACUAACAUUAAGCCUUUGCUCUCUCUCUCUCUCUCUCUCUCUCUCUCUCUCUUUGGUGUGGCGAUUUGGUAUUAUUUUAGCACGGAUGGUGAGCUGCGAAGCAUUGAAGAAGCAUUUGGAGGACUCGGUUUUCCCCAAGCUAGGAGAGAAGCCGUUCUCGGUAGUGUAUUUCCACGACGGAGUUGAACGGAACGAGAAUUUCCCCGGAAUCUCUGCCCUCCGAUCAUUCUACGACGCCGUUCCGGAUCCCCUGAAGGAGAAUCUGCAGGCGGUGUACUUCGUGCAUCCAGGACUUCAAGCCAGGCUCUUCCUCGCCACCUUCGGCCGUUUCCUUUUCACCGGCGGAUUAUACGGGAAGGUGAAGUACGUUAGCAGGCUGGAGUUUGUGUGGGAGUACGUAAGGAAGGGAGAAAUCGAGGUGCCGGAGUUCGUGAAAGAUCACGAAGACCAACUGGAGUACCGGCCGCUGACGACGAUGGAUUAUGGCAUGGAGAGCGAUUUCCCCAGGCCGUACUGCGCCGGAGCUAACAUGGACAACCCCAUGGCUUUGUACUCCAUGCGUUGUAUUUCCUAGUGUUUAUGUACAGAAGCUUUAAAACGCUGUUGUGUGUAUAUAUAAAAAAAGUUUUGAGUGUGUUAGGACUUCAGGAAAGAGGUUUCCUUGCAAUAAAAGUUUUGAUGCAUUUUCUAUAACUUAGACCACCA